UUUGGCUUUACUACUUUACUACAAAACUCAUUUAAAGAAUUACAUUUGUUCGAAUUAUCAGUUGUUAAGUCAUGAAGACGACAAAAUUAUACGUUGUUAAAAGAGAUGGGAGGAAGGAGGAAGUUCAUUUCGACAAAAUUACGUCGAGGAUUCAAAAAUUAUGUUAUAAUUUAAACAUGGACUUUGUUGACCCGGUUUCAAUUACGCUUCAAGUAAUUAAUGGACUAUAUUGUGGUGUAACUACUCAAGAACUGGACAACUUAGCUGCAGAAAUUGCAGCCGGUUUAACUUGCAAUCAUGCAGACUAUGCAAUUUUAGCUGCCAGAAUAGCUGUUUCAAAUCUUCACAAGGAAACAAAAAAAGUGUUUUCCGAGGUUUUCGAAGAGCUAUACCAUCAUGUCAAUAAAGAGACGAAUAAUCCUUCUCCAAUGGUCUCUAGUUAUCAUUAUAACAUCGUUAAAAAUAAUGCAGACCGUUUAAACUCGGCCAUGAUAUAUGAUCGUGAUUUUGGCUAUAACUAUUUUGGAUUUAAAACUCUAGAGCGUUCAUAUUUGCUUAAAAUAAAUGGAAAAGUUGCUGAGCGGCCACAGCACAUGCUAAUGCGAGUAGCCAUUGGAAUACAUGGCGAAGAUAUUGAUGCAGCUGUUGAAACGUACAACUUACUUUCAGAGCGAUAUUUUACUCAUGCAUCUCCAACACUUUUUGCUGCUGCCACAAAUCGUCCUCAGCUAUCGUCAUGCUUUCUCUUAACAAUGACGUCUGAUUCUAUAGAAGGUAUAUUCAAAACAGUAGAACAGUGUGCAAUGAUAUCUAAGUCGGCUGGUGGGAUUGGACUAAACGUACAUUGCAUUCGUGCUAAAGGAACUUCGAUAUGCGGUACAAAUGGCACUUCCAACGGAUUAGUGCCUAUGCUAAGAGUAUUCAAUAAUGUUGCGCGCUAUGUGGAUCAGGGUGGUGGUAAGAGACCUGGUGCUUUUGCCAUAUACUUGGAGCCGUGGCACUCGGACAUCUUCGAAUUUUUAGAUUUAAAAAGAAACACCGGAAAGGAAGAGCAUCGUGCGAGGGAUCUAUUUUAUGCGCUAUGGAUUCCUGAUUUAUUCAUGAAGCGUGUUGAAGCAAAUGAAGAUUGGUCGUUGAUGUGUCCUCAUAAAUGUCCAGGUCUAGAAGAUGUUUGGGGAGACAAAUUUGAAGAGCUUUACGUUAAAUAUGAGAAGGAAGGAUUAGCAAAUCGCAUUGUAAAAGCGCAAUCAUUAUGGUUUGCAAUCAUUGAAUCACAGGUGGAAACUGGUAAUCCAUACAUGCUGUUUAAAGAUUCUUGCAAUAAAAAAAGUAAUCAGCAAAACGUGGGAACCAUUAAGUGUAGUAACUUAUGCACAGAAGUUGUUGAAUACUCAGCCCCUGAUGAAAUCGCUGUGUGCAAUUUGGCUUCAAUUGCGCUUAAUAUGUUUGUAACAACGGAUAAAACCUAUGAUUUUAAGAAACUUAAGGAAGUAACCAAAAUUGUUGCGAAAAAUUUGAAUAAAAUAAUAGAUGUCAACUAUUAUCCUUUGCCAGAAGCCAAGAAGUCAAAUUUAAAGCACCGUCCAAUUGGUAUUGGUGUUCAAGGUCUAGCUGAUGCUUUAAUUUUAAUGAGACUCCCAUACGAGAGCAAACAAGCUUGCUUGUUAAACCAACAGAUAUUUGAAACAAUUUACUUUGGAGCCUUGGAAGCUAGUUGUGAACUUGCCCAAAUGUAUGGUCCAUAUGAAACUUUUAAGGGAUCUCCAGCGAGUAGGGGUAUUUUGCAGUAUGAUAUGUGGAAUAAGAAACCAUCUGAUUUAUGGGAUUGGAACAAACUUAAGGCCGCUAUUAAGGAACACGGCAUUAGAAACUCAUUGCUUGUGGCGCCAAUGCCUACUGCUUCCACUGCGCAAAUCAUGGGAAACAAUGAAUCAUUCGAGCCCUAUACCACAAAUAUAUAUACGAGACGCGUUUUGUCUGGUGAAUUUCAGGUAGUCAACCAUCACUUGUUACGAGAUUUAACGGAACUUGACCUAUGGGAUGAUGAUAUGAAAAAUAAAAUAGUUUCAAGCCGCGGAUCCAUUCAAAAUAUUGAAGUUAUCCCUCAAAAUGUGCGCGACUUGUACAAAACAGUAUGGGAAAUAUCAGUGAAGUCCACGAUUAAAAUGGCGGCUGACAGAGGAGCAUUCAUAGAUCAAAGUCAGUCUUUUAAUAUUCACGUGGCGGAGCCAAACUACGGAAAAUUAACUUCAAUACAUUUCUACUCUUGGAAAUCUGGACUCAAAACUGGAAUGUACUAUCUACGCACAAAGCCAGCAGCACAUGCUAUUCAAUUUACAGUAGAUAAAAAUGCAAGUGCUACAAUUAUAAGCAGUCAAAAUGGGUCGAUUAAAGCAGAAGAAAAAAAUGUUGAUACUGAAUUGUAUCGAGAACGUAGAAUGUCAGAAAUGGUUUGUUCACUUGAAAACAAGGAUGCAUGCAUGUCGUGUGGAUCUUAGUUUUAGAUCUGAGGUGGUCGAUGAAAAAUACAUAUAUUUUACACCUUUCUAAUAUUGUUAAAUCAAGCAUUUAUAAAUAAAAUCUAUGGAUUACCCGAAA